AUGGCACCUUCACAACCACGAUCCAAACGAAACACCACCACGGAGAAGAAGAAAACGCAAGCAGACAAACGACGCGAUCAGUUGUCGUUUUCCAAGCGGAAGAACGGGCUCUUCAACAAGGUCACCGAGCUCUCCAUUCUCUGCCAAUCGGAAACCGCGGUGAUUGUAACCUCAAAGAACAACGACGGCGGUGAGAUUUUCACGUGCGGCUACCCCUCUCCGGACGCCGUCAUACAGCGGUUUCUCACUGGAGGGAAGGCGCGGCGGCGGGAGGAGGUGGGGGAGGAGAAGGUGGAAGCGCUUAGUUCUGAGUAUGAGGCUGUGCAGGAACGGUUGAAAGAAGAGCAGAGGAAGCUGCAAGCGAUAAUGGAGGAGAAAGAGAUGAAGGGUUCUGUGUUUCCUUCUUGGUGGGAAACCCUCAUUGACGACAUGGAUUUGGAUAGUGUUGAGCAGUUCAAGAAUUCCAUGGAGAAUUUGAAGCUUAACCUGAUUGCGCGCCAAAGAUACUGUGAGAUGAUUCCUGGGCCGCCACAGAUGAUGGUGGCUCCGCCUCCUUCGCGGCCUCAGGCGAUGGCUGCUCUGCCUCCGCCGCCAUUGAAGAACUUGCCGCCGGUGGAUGCCAAAUUUGGAGUUUGGGUUCCAUGUGGUCAAAGAGUUACUACACGGGUCGUAGAAUCGGACUUCGGAAGUGAUAGUAUUACUUUCAUGAUUCCUCCUAUAUGA